AUGGUCAAUGCAACAAAAGGCGUCUUCAUUUCCUGUGACAUACCUAUGGCUCAAUAUAUCAUAAAUAUGAAUGCUUCAAUGCCUGCAUGUGACAAGUUUAUAAUACAUGUCUUGGAUAGUACUCACAUGUUUGUUCAACCCCAUGUGGAGCUAAUGAUUAGGAGUCAAAUUGCAAAGUUUAGAGAGGACAAUACAUAUGUCAAGCCUUCUUGA